AUGUACUACAGUCCAGCAGACGACGACGGAGGAGGAGAACUCGACAUUUCAGAACCCGACGUUUCAGAACCACGACGUUUCAGAACCCGAUGUUUCAGAACUCGACAUUUCAGAACCCGACGUUUCAGAACCCGACGUUUCAGAAUUUUUCUGCAUUCUUGUAUAGUUCCGAAACGUCGCGUUCUGAAACGUCCCGGAGCCAAAAAUGCGUAUUCCAGGAUCCCGCGAACCUAUCCAGGCACUCGUUUCCAAGACGAAAUGAUCGAGCCAACAUUCAACUUGCGUCUAAUCGAAGCGGUCCGUCAUUCUCGAUGCCUUUUCGACAACACGGAUCGUCAGUACCGUAAUACGGAAUACAAGAAUCGUGUGUGGUCUCGUCUUGUCUCGGUACUCAAUUUCGACGGUGAUCCGAGAAUGUUGUCGGCUCGAUGGAAGCAGCUGAGAGAUAAAUAUGGAAAAGAGAAGAGAAAACAAAAGUAUGGACCGGAAAAAUCGUCGUGGCAGUAUUUCAAGCACUUGCACUUUUUGGACCCACAUAUGACGGAUCGAGCCGAAGUGUCACCGUCGAGAAAGGAGGCCGAUGGGGUUCAGGAGAGAAUUACUGAUCCGAAUUUCGCCAAGUCUCUCAUUCAGGAAGUCCAAAGUCAUCCGUGUCUCUACGACGCCCGUGAUCCCAAAUACCGUCAUGGUGACUGCCGAAAUCAGGCGUGGAAUUUGAUUAUCGAGAAGCUCAACUAUCCGGGAAACGUGAAUUCGAUCUACAAACAAUGGAAGAAGCAUCGAGAUCGCUAUGUGAGAGAGAAGAGACGACUGAGAACUAUUACGGUAGAACAAAUGUCCCGAUGUGCACGCAGUCUGAAAAGACAGGGUCCUGGCGGAUCGAACGACGUCAAUCCAGAUGACGGAGUGCUUUCAGAAUACGAUGCCGAGUUUGAACCGGAGGAUGACCUAACCCUGAACAGCUACAUGAUGAUUCCCGAGAAACGAGCACCGAAUAGUAAUGUCUAUCUGGACGGUGACUCUGCGUUCUCCGCAUCGAUCGUCUCGGAUCUACGAACACUUCCAGAGCACACACGAAUGUUGGCAAAAAAUCAAAUUAUGGAAUUGUUGGAAUCGGCGACGUUUUAUUCAUUUAUGCCGUUGCUCAACAAGCAGCCAUUCAUUCCGAAACCACCGCCAAAUGGAAUUCCAGCCGACACGAAAACCUAUUAUUGUCAGCCGACUGGCGAGAUCUUUUUGAGUCAUGAAGAAUACUUCGCUCGAAUGAUCCUCCUCAACACCACUGCCUGGUCGUGUGCAUUGACUCGAAAAUCGAAUUUAACCUAUUUCGAAGCCCAAUCAUCAGAAAAAGAGACGGAAAGAGACCUAGGGGAUUUCCCGGAAUCUCUGGAACUUCCCGUAUUCUUCAUUGUUCAUAAAUUAACGAAUCGUGGGCGAUUCGAAGAGCUCGUCAACGAUGUUUAUCACAUUAUGAAGGAUCGAUACUUCAACAAUGAAGAGGUCUCGUAUCUGGAGAAAUCUCGAAAGACCCUGGCUCGAAUCGUGACGUCACACGCUACACAACAGGGGAUUACGGAUCGUAAUGGGCUGGAAAUGGAGGAGGCGGAGCCGGGAAUCAAGGAGCCAAUUGUACAGAAUCCGGAGGAUUUUCGAUAUACGGUUGAGAUAUUGGAAGGCGUUGUUGAUGGAGAUGCGGAUCGGUUUAGGGAGAAUGUGACGCAUGAGAAGUUGUUUCGCUCCAAAACAUUUGGUGCUCGUCAAAAGAUUCGUCUCUUCCUGAAGAACACGUGUCACCUUCCGCCGGAUUCCGAUCGAUACACAAUUCGAGACGAAUAUUUGGAUAAAGUCGACGGUCUCUGGUGGUCGGAUAUAAUGUCAGGCGCCGAACCGAUAUGCCCGAAAACGCCGGUGCUGCAAAGAGGACGAAUUCCGAAUUUGUUGAAAUCUGGGCUAGAAGGAGGAGGAGGAGGAGAGAGACGGCAGAAGAGAGAGGAUAGGGAUCCGGAUGCUCCACCCCGUCCACGUGGCCGUCCACCAAAGACUCCAGAACAACGAGCACUUCUCCAGACAGAGAAAAAACCAAGAAAACGUUUAGAAGUCUCUUCGCCCCGCCCACUCGACGACUUCGAUUUGACGUCUUCUGGAGCACUAACUCUCUCCUGGGUCCCCUCGACGUCGUCAGCUGCGGAAGAGCCAGUAAAAAAGAAAGUUCGCAGAUCGAGCACGUCUUCGAAAACGGAGAAAAAGAAGGCGAAAAUUCAGGAACAACAGGAGGAUUUGACGUUCUAUUUCGAUGAAGCUCGCCGAUUCGGAAUCGAUUUGACUGGUUUGGAGCAGGAGGAUCGAUUGCUCAGCCCCAAGAAAAUUUCAGAGUUUAAGAUGAUGGUUAAGGAGCAAAAAGACGUUGAACGGGAAGCCUUGAAGGAAGAAAAAAAGCGAAAAAUCCGGGAAAAAGCAGCGUACAACAAGAAGCGGGAUGACCUAAUUUGUAACGAUCUCAAGCCUCUGCCACGUUUUCCGUCGCUCGAAAUUCCGAAAUGGAUGACGACCGACGAGUUCGCCGAUUACCUAUUUAUCCUUCAAUUUUUCACCUCAUUCCGAGAGAUUCUCCCACUGAAAGAGGUCCGUGGCACCGACGAAAUUCAGCUUUCCGAUAUUAUCAUUGCCAUGAAAUGUUUCGAUCCCCAAAACUCUCCUUUCGCCGAUUUGAUGAAGGUCUUGCUGACGAUUCGAACGGAUAUCACUGAUGAGGAGGACGGCGAUGAGGCGGAUUUUCAGAAUCGAGAGGAGAUUUACUUGAUAAAUGCGCAGAAUUGUGAUCCAGUGCAUGCGACGCACGGAGACAGUAUACGAGAGAUUAGUGAGAUGCAUUUUAGAAUCCGAAAAAUCCACGGAAAAUCGGUCCGUCACUUGCCAGUGGAUUGGAUGACACUAACCGAAGUGCUCCGAUUGAUAUUGCUCACUUCUGGCUACUACACAGGCGUCUCCACCCAUCGUCACCGUCUCUAUCAACGUGGCAACUUCCGUGGCUACGAGGAUCCGGCAUUUGAAUUGAGACAUUCUCGUCCGGACAUCAUGGAAAAGCUUCGAACACAAACCGUUUUCGAUUUGGAACCGUCUGAACGGCUGGAAAUUAUGAAGACGUUGAUUUAUCAAUUGCUCACAUACUCAAAAUUCAGAAGCCAUAUGGAAAAGCAACAAAUCGAGCUAGCGGAGCUCAAAAAAGAGCAAAAACGAUUGAAGGCGUGGGAUUUGGCGCAAGAGGCAGAGGCGAAUGCGUCACGUCUUCUGUUGGAAGUCACCACCACGUCAUCGGAGACGGAUUCUGGAGCGACGAUGUCGCCGGUUGUGAAGAAGUUUAAGGGGCACUUGAAGGCGUUCAUCGAUGGACGACGAUUUGAUAAGGAGGAGAUGGAUGGGAUUCUGCUCGACGCUGUUCCCUACACCAACCUCACCCUAGACGAGAUAGUGACCGCCCGUGAUCUCCAGAAGUCGGAAUUCAAGCUUCUAAUGGAUUCUCUAACCUCCAAACUGUUCUCAACCUACUGCAAAGUUUCCGACAUACGUCUAGGCUCCGACAGAGCCUAUCGUCGUUAUCUGGUCCUAGAAAACCUCUCAGCGAUUCUUGUGGAAACCCCAACGUCUUCUGAAUUACGUGUCGAGUGUGACGAAGCAUCGAAAAUCGACGAUCCUCAAAAUUUCGAAAAUUCUGAGGAUUCUGAAGUGUUCCUAUGCUCUGGCGACGUGGAAACCUGUGAAAUUCAUGGAUCCCGACGCGCCCAUAACUUCUGUUAUAUCAAGAAUCGUGAGCAAUUCGAACGUCUUCUGAAGUCGCUGAAUCCACGUGGAAAUCGAGAGAACGAGUUGCUCGACGAGCUUCUGGAGUAUCGUUCAGAGCUUCUGAAAAUGCUAGAAGACUCGGAAGCGAUGGAAGCCGAUGGGACGUGGAAUGAGAUGUUAAUGACGGAUGAGACGGAUCCAGCGGACACUUACAACAUAGAUUGGGACACUGAAAUUCGGGAUUUGUUGCUGGAUUUCGAGGAAAAGCUAGAUCAAGGACAAAUGGGAUCCAUUGAGAAGGUUUUUGAGGUGAAUCGUUGGGAAUGGCGACAGCAAUUCAAGGAUUCUGGAGACGUCACGGAGCUUCUGAAGGUGUCGGAGAAGAAUAUUCAGAUGCUCAACGGCUUGGAUUUGGACUUGACGACGUCUGAGGAGAUGUCGGACUCCAAAAUGUUGGCCAUCGGAUUCUUUUCGAUUAUUCGAAGUAUUCAGAUGAAAUUCAUCAAGCCACCGUACUUGAGCCCGAAUAAGGAUGAGCACGGUCGUCUCAAACCCUCCGAACUCUUCAUCCGUUGGCAAAAAGCUCUCCUGCAAUGCGAAUCGCACUCCGCUCUCUCCCUCUUCAUAACCACAUUCGAAUCCUCAAUCAAAUGGGACAAAUCACGUCUUCAAGGGAAAUGUAAGAGUUGUCGAAAGAAGGCGUCGGCUCAUGAUUUGAUUCUAUGCUCCGAGUGUGAUUCUUGUUAUCAUUUGAAGUGUGCCAAGCUGAAAGAGGCUCCAUCGGAUUGGAAGUGUACUCCAUGUAGAGCUCAACAACGGAAAUUGGAGAACGAGGCGAAACGAGAGGCGGCGGCUAAAGAACAGCAUCUGGAGAUUCCCUCCAACGACGUCUCAUUGAUGAGCAUUCAGGAUGAGCAAUCAUCGUCGGAAGACCCCCAUUCAAGCAGUCAGAAUACCAUACGAACUGCCAGCGGACGGGCUGUCAAAAAAGUACAGUAUCAGGAGGUGCAUGAAGGGAUCAAGGUUUUUGGAAGUCCCAAAACGACAAGCCGGAAAUCGAUAAAUGGAAGUGCAUCGAUGGAUAGACCGCAUAGGAAUGUUCCUAUGAAAAUCUACGAUGUGGACAGCGAAAAUGGUAUGAUUGACGAUGAGGACUAUUCGGAGGACGGCGAGAAUUCGAAAAAACGAAAAACGCUAUCUCAAUCAACGAAUGCCAAGAAAUCAUUCUCCGCCCCAACAAUAAUCGAUUCAUCGAUCCAAAAACCGACGAAUAAGGAGAAAAUGACACUGAUUGAGACACUCUUAAAAGAAACGAUGCGUCAGGAGUGCUCAUGGCCAUUCCUCCAACCGGUUGAUCCAAAAGAAGUUCCAGAUUAUCAUGAAGUGAUUAAGCAGCCAAUGGAUUUGAGAACGAUGAUGAAUAAGAUCAAGCAACGGGUCUAUAAUAAGCCAGCGGAGGUGAGCAAGGAAAUGAAAAUGAUCCGCACCGAUUUCCAGCAGAUUCUCACCAACUGUGAGACGUAUAACGAGACGGAAAGUGAAAUUUUUCAACUUUCCCGCCAACUCGAGGACUUUGUCACCGCCCGUCUCGACUCGAUUAUCGAUCAAUAA